AUGCGAAACCCGACCAAAGACCCUCUUCCAACUGCAGCAAGGCAUGUAAUGGAGGUUGGGGUGGUAGCUGGAUUAUUCUUUCUUUCUUUCUUUCUUUCUUUCUUUUUUUGUUCUUUUCUUUGCUGGGUUUUUUUAUCCCAUCCUUUUUAUUUAAAAUCUGUUCUUUUUUUCUUAACUGUUUUUUGUCACUGUUUCUUGUUCUGUUCUUCACAUUCUUUUUUUUUUUUUUUUCUACUGCCACUCACUCUUUUUCAUGACUUCUACCAACCACUCCUGCUCCUUUUCCUUUGGUCAACCUCUCCCUUUCCUCUAACUUUCACUAAUCUCUUCUUUUCCUUCUACUUUGGCAAAUGUCUUCCUUUCCUUUUUUCCUCCUACUUCUGCCAACCUCUCUUUUUUCCUUUUCCUCCUACUUUUGAUAACCUCUUUCCUUUUCCUCCUACUCUUGCCAACAUCUUUUCCCUCCUACACUUGCCAACCUCUCUUUUUCCUUUUCCUCCUACUCUUGCCAACCUCUCUUUUUCCUUUUCCUCCUACUCUUGCCAACCUCUCUUUUUCCUUUUCCUCCUACUCUUGCCAACCUCUCUUUUUCCUUUUCCUCCUACUCUUGCCAACCUCUCUUUUUCCUUUUCCUCCUACUCUUGCCAACCUCUCUUUUUCCUUUUCCCCCUACUCUUGCCAACCUCUCUUUUUCCUUUUCCUCCUACUCUUGCCAACCUCUCUUUUUCCUUUUCCCCCUACUCUUGCCAACAUCUUUUUCCUUUUCCCCCUACUCUUGCCAACAUCUUUUUCCUUUUCCUCCUACUCUUGCUAACAUCUUUUUCCUUUUCCUCCUACUUCUGCCAACCUCUCUUUUUCCUUUUCCUCCUACUUCCACUAACCUCUCCUAUUCCUUCUGAUUCUUUGCCUUUCAUCUGUCUUUGA